GAUUUUUUGCAGGAUUCUUGGGCAACAAAAGCGAAGGACGAAUUGCGCAAAUAUCGGUGUGAAUUUUAACAAUUUCGUCCCUUAUCACAUCACGAUGGAGUCAAACAACAAUGAAAACUCGCUACCCACAGUGAUUGACCAUUCGGGGUUACACCAAGCGAAGAACAGCAUAAAACUGCCGACGGAAGGAGAUCCAGCCGGCAUUCGGGCUACCAGCAAUGCCCAUUACAAUCAGCAGCUGAAGUACGCACCAUCUGCACCGUAUCAGAAUAACAGUUUCACUGGCGCACAGCCUGGCUGCACCCGUAAGGUACGAUUCUUCUCGCCACACAUGCGAAUGCGCCCGUACUAUGUCCCGCAUCGGACGCGCACCAAAAGUGAAAGCUCCGAUACGACGACCUUUGGAUCACAACCCGUGCUAGCAGCGGAAGGCGGUUCCACGAGCUACGCGAGCACAUCCUCAUCAUUGACACUGAUGGAAACCGGUGAACCCGCGGCCGUACCGAUAGAUAUCCCCAUGUGUGGCGUAGCGGUAACGUCGACAGCAGCCAUGAAUCUCGCGCGCUGCAAGUACCCGGUGGUGGUACUGAAAAAGUACCGUUCGCUCGAGGAUGUCCGGGUUGAUAAAUCUGUCGAAGGGUCGCAACCAUCGCACGAGAUGGAGUUCGUGUCUAGUCGCAUCCAGAAGCUGAAAGUACACGAAUAGAACCCGUAGGCCCCCGUUAGUUAGUUAGUUAAUUAAGAUACUCUGUUAAGGCUACGUUACCAACGAACGGACACGAAUGGUACCGCGGUACUGCGAGGAAAGAAGUCAGUUUUCCAAAGCAAUAGUCUAUAAUGUACGAAUAUCCCCAUAACAAUCUGCCAUGGCACUAAACUGCUGCAACUUAAAGUUGAAACGCAAGCAGUGGCACAGCCGCAUGUUCAAAGACCGCAUGCCGCAGCAAUAACGUAGCUCUCAUAAGGCUGAUUUUAUCAAAAGUAUUUCCUUAAACGUAGGAAAAGACAUUUUCAAUCAUGUGUUUUGUAAUUUAGUUUUCUUCAAAAAAAAAAGGUAGCUAGGUAUUAUCUUUAAUCCCUGUAAUAGUGAAAAUCCUGUAUCCCGUAAUAUAAUAUUUUGUUUGUUUGAUUUAUAAUGUCU